UGCCUCUUGGCUAUCCUCAUCAAGAAGAGGAGAAAAGAAAGCUGUGAUCUGAGUUGAAGGGCAGAAGAGUUCAAGAUCACCGGGAAGCUCCCAGUUCCACUUGCAGCCCUAGGAUAGCUUGGUAUAGACACAAGCCAGAAUCCCUCACUGAUAGAUUUCUACAAACCAGAAAGAACCAAAAGGACAAGAAGCAAUGGGUGGCACAUGUCUGCAGCUCUUUGGGUUCCUCUCGAGUUUUGUUGGCUGGAUUGGGGUGGUGGUAGCUGCCACCACUAAUGACUGGGUGCUGACCUGUGACUACAGCAUCAAUACCUGUAGGAAACUGGAUGAGGUUGGAUCCAGAGGGCUGUGGGCAGACUGUGUUAUCGCUAUAGGACUCUAUCACUGCAAGCCAUUGGCUGACAUCCUUACUUUGCCUGCUCACAUCCAGGCAGCCCGUGCUCUGAUGAUAACAAGCUCUUUCCUGGGGCUUCCAGCAGUGUUCCUGCUUCUCUCUGCCAUGCCCUUUAUUCGAAUGGGCCAUGACCCUGGCGCGGAGAAACACAAGCGUUUUCGCCUGGGAGGAAUACUCAUCGUCAUAUUAGCACUGUGCACCAUUAUAGCCACUAUAUGGUUUCCAGUCUCCACCCACAGAGAGACCACCAUCGUAACCUUUGGAUACUCCAUGUAUGCUGGAUGGAUAGGGGCGGCAUUUUGCCUUUUUGGCGGCUCUGUCAUUGUCUGUUGUGCGGGAGAAUUUCACGCAUUCAUGGAAAACCGCUUCUAUUACUCUUCCCAAGGAUCCGGCUCUCCAACUCAUGCCAAGAGUGCUAAUGUCUAAGGAUACUGUGAUUGUAGCCAAGGCUUAGAACCCUGAACCUCCGUUACACUGUUGCUGAUGAACUAUGAGAACUUUUGUGCCUCCGGUUUUAUCUGUGUAUGCUGUUCUAAAACGUAAAUGACAUAAUAUGAAGCAAUGUUCCGGGUGUUUAAAUACUGUUACACUCUACAGUAAAUAAUGUCAGACACCUUCGUUUCUCAUUCCAUUGGUGCUUACAAUAAUAUGCUUGGAGAUGAAGAGCUCUUUAAGGUAAACAGAGUUCAGGCUAGAUACAUGUUUCCUGAUGGAAAAGAUGUUCGUAACUGUAUGUCAUUUGUCUAAUAUUGGUUUAUUAACACAUUCAAGUCCACUUUAAAGGACAAGUAACACCUAUAGCCUCAUGGGUAUUAUAAUUCUUUUGCUGGCCUUUCGUUGCCUAUUUCUGGUACUUCUAGUUUGACUGGAAUAUCCAAUUUAAGACAUGCGUAAAACGUUCAUCAUUUUAAUGGAUUAUAUUGAUGGAAGGACACAGGGCUGCAGUGAGAGAAGAGUGGGGGCAUGUCUGAGAUAGAGGGGAUGCCAUUAAUCAGGGAUAUUCAGCAUGCAGCUGUUUUUGAUCUACAAUUUACAGAAUCCUACUUACAGCUGUUUCAAAUAAAUCUCUAAUAAUUGUUACAGAAUGUAAUACUUUUAUCUACACCCGACCCAAAAAUAGCCCUUCUAAUCCUGAGGACUGGGCCUCUACUAAACUUUAUCUUGAGGAAGCCAUAGUCUCCUAGUUCUUAAAGUCAUUUGCUGUGGCUUCAACACAAAAAGAAAGCAGUAAAAUAUCCAUGUAUGCAUAUUUAUUGCUUACUUUUAAAGGAGACAGUGUAUUAGGCAGAAAUUUGCCACUAUUUAAAUGCCUUCUUCCUACUAGGAUCUUCUUCAGGUCUCUUUGCCAACACGAAGCCUCAGGAGCAUGUUUGUAAUGCUCUUCCUUAAACUGUUAUUGCAUAGCAAAUUUUAAUUGCACGUUGCCCACUUUUAAGAAGAGCUUGAAGAUGUCGUAAUGUUUUGGAGAAAAUAUAGCAACAUUUUCAGUCAGAAGUUUUAUUACCUUCACUUCGCACUGGCGCAAACUGUAAAAUUCGCAAAACUUCUUCCACUGUCGGAAGUGGUUGCAGGGAGGGACAGGUGGGGGGCAAUAGGAGGCAGCUAAGCGGGGCUAUGGUUCCUAGGGGGGUUUAGUUCUCCUUUAAGAAACUUACCUGCAGAGGUAACACUCACAGUUGGUAAUGUAAUAUGUUACAAAGUAUGUAUCAGGUAUAGUUUCCCAAAGCAGCCAACCAGUUGUUUACUUUCAAACAGGUAACCAGUAAAUGAGGCCUGUUAAUUGGUUGCUAUAGAUUACUAAACCUGUUUACUAUAUGGGGAUAUUCAUCAAUGCUAUAGCAUCAAGAACUUGAUUAAAAAAAAAGGUAUCUAAACAUAGUGGCACAACCAUAAUUUACCCAGAUUUUGCUGGGCUACAAAUCUCAGCCUUUCCAACAUAUUUUUUAAGGGUUAAAGCUUGCUGGGAUCUGUCAUGCAGCAAGAUUGUAUUCUAAAGCUAUGGGCACACAGGCUGUUGUUAGUGGCUGAGCAGCUGAGCAGCUGAGCAGCGACUGUUUUCAGCCUGAGUAAUUUUGCAGACUAAGAGAAGCAGAUCUGUUCAGUGCCCCUGCUCCAUUGAUUUGAAUCCAGUGACGGAACUAGGUGGGGGCGGGCCCUGGUGCGGGCCGUGCAGCUGGGCCCCGUCCCCACCACCGCCCGUGCGGCUGCAGCCGAAUCCAGUAGGUGCAUGACUGCUCAGGGGCCCUGCGGGGGUGAGGGCCCUGGCCCGAUUGCAACCCCUGCUCCCCCGGUAGUUACGCCACUGUUUGAAUCUGAUCAGCUCACAAAGGCUGAGGUC